CCAUUUACUGAGAUAUGAAAACUCCUAGACAGACUAUUUACUGAGAUAUGAAAACUCCUAGACAGACCAUUUACUGAGAUAUGAAGACUCCUAGACAGACCAUUUACUGAGAUAUGAAAACUCUUAGACAGACCAUUUACUGAGAUAUGAAAACUCCUAGACAGACCAUUUACUGAGAUAUGAAAACUCCUAGACAGACCAUUUACUGAGAUAUGAAAACUCCUAGACAGACCAUUUACUGAGAUAUGAAAACUCCUAGACAGACCAUUUACUGAGAUAUGAAAACUCCUAGACAGACCAUUUACUGAGAUAUGAAAACUCCUAGACAGACCAUUUACUGAGAUAUGAAGACUCCUAGACAGACCAUUUACGGAGAUAUGAAAACUCCUAGACAGACCAUUUACUGAGAUAUGAAGACUCCUAGACAGACCAAUUACUGAGAUAUGAAAACUCCUAGACAGACCAUUUACUGAGAUAUGAAAACUCCUAGACAGACCAUUUACUGAGAUAUGAAGACUCCUAGACAGACCAUUUACGGAGAUAUGAAAACUCCUAGACAGACCAUUUACUGAGAUAUGAAGACUCCUAGACAGACCAAUUACUGAGAUAUGAAAACUCCUAGACAGACCAUUUACUGAGAUAUGAAAACUCCUAGACAGACCAUUUACUGAGAUAUGAAGACUCCUAGACAGACCAUUUACGGAGAUAUGAAAACUCCUAGACAGACCAUUUACUGAGAUAUGAAGACUCCUAGACAGACCAAUUACUGAGAUAUGAAAACUCCUAGACAGACCAUUUACUGAGAUAUGAAAACUCUUAGACAGUCUCUGUGGCCUCAUCACUACUGACUUGUAGUGCCUGGUCUCAUCGCUCACCAUGACCCAAACCGGCCAGGCCGAGGAGUGAGACAGCCAUGUCUGAUUCUACCUUGUUCAGAGCCACCAGAAUACUCUGCAGAAGUUUAUCUAGUGACAUGGAGGAGUCUGAGGCCAAGGGCAAAGGAGGAGCUGUCCCCAUGAGGAAGAGUUCAGACAGGAGGGGUUCUGACUGGGGAAGCAUCGCCAUGCUGGAUAAGACCAAGGAAUUCUUCCAGACCUGCGAUGUGGAGGGCAAAGGCUUCAUCACACGCACCGAUAUGAGGAGGCUUCACAGAGAACUACCCCUCACUGCUGAAGAACUGGAGAAUGUCUUUGACUCCCUAGAUACCGACCAGAACGGCUACCUCACCCUCGAAGUGUUCUCAUCAGGAUUCAGUCAGUUCCUGCACGGCCGGAGGAUCUCUGUAGGCGAGGACGCAGCACCCGCCCUCCCCACUUCGAGGAAGCCCUCAGAAGCCAUAUACCAGAGCCAAUGGGAUGAGAGGUUGACUGGAGGGUGGGAGGAUGAGGAGGAGAGUCACUUCUGUAUGCUGCUGGAGAGCCUAGGGGCCAGCAACGUGUUCCAGGAUCCAGGCGAGGUGCGCAGCUUGUGGGCCCAGCUGAGGAGGGAUGAGCCUCACCUCCUGUCAAACUUUGAGGAGUUCCUGGCCAGAGUCACCUUCCAGAUCAAAGAGGCCAAAGAGGAGAGGAGGGAGAUGGAGAGCGCCCUCCAGAGGAAAGCAGCCACACACGACAGUGAGAUCCGCGGUCUGUAUGAAGAAAUGGAGCAACAAAUGAAAAGCGAGAAGGACCGGCUGCUCCUCCAGGACUCGGAGCGUCUCCAGUCUCGUAGUCACGACCUGGAGCACCAGCUGUCCAGUAAGGAGAGAGAACUUGAGCAGCUCUUCCAGAAACAGAGGAGGUUGGAUCUCCAGUGUCGCGACCUGAGCAGUGAGCAGCAGGAGAGCCGGGUGGAGAAUGUCAAGCUGAAGAUGACCAACGAGGAACUGAGCAGAGAGCUGGAGAGCACCUGUCAGGAACUGUCCUUGGCCCAGGAACAACUGACCAUGCUGCAGGACCAGGCUUCCCGCCUGCACCAGGGAAGAGAGAUGUGGAACCCCAGGAACUCCCUCAAACAGAAGCAGAGAGCAGGCUUGGUCAAUCUGUUUGCGGACACCAGCCAGCAGCCGGUUAAAAGAGCCUCACUCCUCACCCACAAUGGGGGUUCCUAUGAGUUCCUUGAUGCGCUGCCAGUAGAACACCUUCAAAUCUCUUUUGUCUCCUCCCCCUCCUCAUCUAGCGAGGACGAUGUUGACACCGCUUGUCCACCACGUUCGCCGAAAACCAACUAUGGCCUGGCCAACGGCUACCACGACUCGAACACCUCGUCUCCAACACAAGUGGUUGAGGUGGAGGCGCAGGGGGUGAGGGUGAAGGAGAGGCUCUCCAAGUUCGAGUCAGAGAAGACCCUCGCCCCCACCCAGAACGAAAGGGACAGGCAUACAGAGUACCAGAGUAAACCGGAGGUUGGGGGUGACGGGCUGGACGGUCCCCAUGAUGGGUGGCCUCUCCGUCGGGUUAUCUCCAUCGAGGAGGACCACCUCCCCCACCUGCUUCAUGGAGGGCCCCAGCCCCUGCUGCACCAGCUCAGUGAGAAAGAUGACGAGGAGGAAGAGGAGCAAGAGAAGGAAGAUCUGGAGAGUAGUAUCCUCUUAGCCCCUGUUCCUCUACCCGUCCCGGUCACGACAGUGUCCCCCUUCAAACACCGAGGUAGUUUCAGCAGAAUCAGAAAUAUCCCCUCGUCACCUCGAGGACAGCCCGUCGGCAAGGAGACCCAAAAUAGGGUGAAGGAGAGGGCCGUGCCUGCCCCGGACCGCCUGUUUAAGGUGGUUCUGGUGGGCAACUCCAGCGUGGGCAAGACGUCCCUGCUGCGCACCUUCUGUGACGGCCGCUUCCACCCCUCCAGCCCCGCUACUGUGGAGCUAUUCCUGACAGGUAUUGACUACAGUGUGAAGACUCUAAUGCUGGACAACACCCAGGUAGCCAUGCAGCUGUGGGACACGGCCGGGCAGGAGAGGUACCGCAGCAUCACCAAGCAGUUCUUCCGUAAGGCAGACGGCGUGGUGGUCAUGUACGACGUGACGUUGCUGGACAGCUUCAAGGCCGUGCGACCCUGGCUCAUCAACGUACAGGAAGCUGCGGGAGUGGGCAUUCCCAUCCUGCUCCUGGGCAACAAGAUGGAUGCGACGUCCGAGAGGGAGGUACCACUUAAAGAUGCAGAGACUCUGGCCCACGACACCCGUGUGAUAUUCUAUGAGGUCAGUGCUUACACCGGCUACAACGUGACAGAGGCCAUGAUCCACCUGGCCAGAGUGCUGAAAGAGCAGGAGGAUCGGGUGAGAGACACGUUUGUCUUAUUGGAGGCCCUGCCCAUCAAGAAGAAAGCCUGCUGCAAGUAAAGACACUCUGACAGAAUAGAGAGCGAGAGAGAGCAUUUGGAAUGGCUGGAGACUCCUGAUAACAAGUGAAGGAACUCUUCAAUCUAACUCUUUCUCUGUGCUCUCGGAGCCAAAUCCUAACUUUGUGUACAUUUGUUAAUCAAUGUCUCAAAUUAGGACGGCUCUUCUUUCAGUACCUGUUUUGUUAAAGGCAAAAGAGCCCAGUUGAGCUGGAUCAUAGUGGAUUUAGCUCUAGUCUACAUUACAACCCGUUUUCUGUGUUCUUAUUUGGACCUGCUGACUGUUAUGAGCAAUAGACAUGUGUUCUACUGUAGAACUAAUGGUAUAUUUUGUCAAUUUAUAGUGGAUCAAUCAUUUCAAUGUCUAGAAUGAAUGUUUUUCUUUAGUUGUGAUUUGUUGUUAAUAAAAACACAGAAUGGAUAUGUAAA